AUGAGACGGGACGAAGACGGAGACGAGACGAGCGGGUACGGCCCAAGCACAGUGCACAUACGGCAACGCGACACUGCUCAGGCACUCUUUGCACGGACGACGCGUACGCUUAUCGCCCAGAUCGGACAUAUUGACGACGCUCCCGAAACGCCAUGGACGAAUUGCUCUGAAGUGGUCGAUGCCGGCACGGUCUUGUACGAGCGGUUUGUCCGUAUCACCACCUGGCAUGGUUUCGCAGACUUCAGUCUGAGACCCUCGUUGGCGCGAGAUAAUCCGUCCAUGUCUGGCACUUUUCUCCUCUCAUCAAGGCGGCCCGCUUUCUAG